UUACUUGAAAAAAAAAAGACUUAAAAGCAAAUUUGGAUAGGCUUAUACUGUUCACUUCUUCCUCUGAUCAUACCACUCCAUCUGAGGGAAAAAAAAUUGCAACAAAGAGAAUGUAUUUUGUCAGAUUUACGCUUCACUUGAUCGAUUUCCUGGUUUGGCCAGUAGUUGCUCUGGGCUAUCCUAUAUGUGCAUCAAUACGAGCGAUUGAGACUGGCUCCAAGUAUCAGAUGAGGAAGCUCGUCAUAUAUUGGACCAUCUUUUCCUUUAUUUCUCUAUUUGACAAACUUAUCCAAUGGUUUCCUCUGUGGCCACAUAUAAAAUUAACAACCAUAUGUUGGUUGGUAAUACCAAAGUUUAACGGGGCAUGCUAUCUUUAUGAAAUUCUUAUUCAUCCAUGUUUUCUGGUUAAAUGGCAUGAUAGUAUCAGUCAUUUUUAUAGUUCUUGUUAUGUUUAUCUACGCCUUUUAUGUUUGUGCUUGUCUGUCAACCAUCGAACUGUCAUCGACUGGUUUAACAAGCCAAUGGAGGAUCAAUCACUCAAGAAUGACACAUUUCAGGCUGUAAUAGAAAGUUAUCUCGAAGAAAAUGGAUCUGAUGCUCUGGAGAAACUUAUUGCAAACAAGCAUAAGGAUAAUAGUUUGAAUCAUCAUGCAGAAGAGAUCAAGCCUACUGAUACUAGUGAUGAAGCAGGAAGGCUUAUCCCCAACCAGAAAGAAUGUGAAGGGAGCGGUCCUGUUUGGGAGGAUAUCACAGUGAUGGAGCAUACGGCAAAACAUGAAGCAGCUGAACCCAAACAGGUUACAAGUGUGAAGGAAAAUCCAAUUCAAAUUGAGAAGAAAAUGACAGGAGUGCAGGUCAAGGUAAUGGUUGUUCCAGCAGAUGCUGAAGAGGUUAAACUUCCAGAGGUUACUUCUUCAAAGAAAGUUCAGACAGAGUGGACUUGUGCAGUAUGCCAAAUGACAACCACCUCGGAACAAAAAAUGAAGUCCCAUCUUAACGGAAGGAAACAUAAAGCAAAGUACGAAAGGCUGAAAACUUGCACAGAAACGUCCAAAAGUGAUGGAAGUUCACCAGUUCCAACAAAGUCCAAUCAGCUUAAUCUGGAGCAAGUAAAACAUGCAGCUGCAGCACAAUCAGAGCACAGUGCUAAUGUAGCAGCUGAGCCUAAACAGGUUAAAAGUGUGAAGGAAAAAACAAUUCAGAUUGAGAAGAAAACAACAGGUGUGCAGAUCAAGGAAACAGCAUUACCAGCAGAUGCCAAGGAGAUCAAACUCCCAGAAACCAAUUCGGUAAAGAAUGUUCAGACAGAGUGGACUUGUGCGGUAUGUCAAGUGACAACCAAGUCAGAGCAUGACUUGAAGUGCCAUCUUCUAGGGAGGAGACAUAGGGAAAAGUGUGAAGAGCUGAAUACUUGCAAGAGAACGGCCAAAACUGAAAGAAACCCACCUUUUACUUCACAUAUACCAGAGCUUAAGCAGGAGCAAGUAAAACAUGUACUUGCAGCACAAAACAAGAACAGCACUAAUGAAAAACCGAAGGUCCAACUAGGAGCUACUACUGGGAAACAUCAAAGGCAGACACACAUGAAGAAUGCUGGUGGUGCUACUCAUAAUUCUAAGCUGUGGUGUAGUUUUUGUGGCAUUAGGUGCACCGACGAGAUUUCUAUGGCUGCACAUCUUAACGGUAGGAAGCACUUGGCAAAACUUCAAGAAAGAAUUGAGUUUUACUAGUGGAACAUGGGCUUUGGAUUAUGCAAAUAUGCAAUUUUAUCAGGGUAUUUGAAGGUGUUUGGUCUAAUUUAGGUUGAAGCAACUGUGUUCUAUUAUCAGUACUGAAAUUUAGUUGCAUAAUCACUGGGAAGGACAAAGAGUAAAAGUUUAUGUCGACAAGUGAGAUUUGUGUAUAAUCAGUUGGUAUGAGGAAUCAGAGCUUGUAGUUUUUAACUUAGCUUUUUGUUACUUCAUGUCUGUUUUAUAUAGGUGUCCUUUAUGCGAA